AUGACCAGCAAAGACUAUUAUUUUGAUUCUUAUGCGCAUUUUGGGAUUCAUGAGGAAAUGUUGAAGGAUGAAGUGAGGACACUUUCUUAUCGCUCGUCCAUUUAUCAGAAUCGCCAUCUCUUUAAAGAUAAAAUUGUGCUAGACGUUGGCUGUGGAACUGGUAUUCUGUCGAUGUUUGCCGCAAAAGCUGGUGCCAAACACGUUUAUGGGAUUGAUAUGUCAAAUAUUAUUGAUCAAGCGCGUCAGAUCAUAAUUGAUAACCGUUUAGAAAAUAAUAUUACGUUGAUCAAGGGCAAAAUGGAAGAAGUCGAAUUACCGGUUGAUCAGGUAGAUAUUAUCAUAUCAGAGUGGAUGGGUUAUUUUUUACUGUACGAAUCUAUGUUGGAUACCGUUUUGGUUGCUCGGGAUAAAUACUUGAAACCCAAUGGUCUCAUAUUUCCCGACAAAGCGACAGUAUAUCUGGCUGCUAUCGAAGAUGUUUGGGAUAAUGUUUAUGGUUUUGAUUUCAGCUCGAUUAAAUCGGUCGCUCUUAAGGAACCCUUAGUAGACACGGUUGAUAGUAAAGCUAUAGUCACUAGUUCGUUUGCUCUUAAGGAAAUUGACGUUUAUACUGUUCAAAAAUCAGAUCUAACAUUUUCCGCUCCCUUUAAACUAACUGCCAUACGAGAUGACUAUAUCCAUGCUUUUAUCGCAUGGUUUGAUAUUACCUUUUCAGCAUGUCACAAACCAAUCCGUUUUAGCACAGGUCCACAUUCGAAAUAUACCCAUUGGAAACAAACAGUUUUUUAUACGACUGAUUCUAUCACUAUCAAGAGCGGAGAAACAGUUAUGGGUACGCUAGCUUGCGCCCCUAACAAGAAGAAUAACCGAGAUUUAGAUAUCGAAAUAUCGUACGAAUUUACAGGCGAAGCAAGUAGUUGCUCGGAGGCUUGUAAAUAUAAGAUGUGA